AGAGCAAAAAACUCAGGAGUUCGUCACCGCAGAGUUCAGACAUUCUUCGGAGAAAAACGACGUGCCACUUAAAUAUGAAAACUGUUCUCAUCACAGGAUGCAAUCGAGGAUUGGGGUUGGAGUUUGUCAGACAGCUUGUCAACUUUAAGUCUCCGCCCGCCAAAAUUAUCGCCACUUGCAGAAGCUUGGAAAAAGCACAGGAACUGAAAAGUCUGCAGGCUCAAAACAAAAGCGUACACAUUAUCGAAAUUGACGUGACAAAUUUUGAAAGCUACAACGUUACCGCGAAAAGGGUGAAGGAAUUGGUCGGGGAUGAUGGUCUCAAUUUGCUGAUCAACAACGCAGGCAUCACCACAAAGUUCACGAGGCUGAAUAUGGUGAAACUGGAACAAAUCAUGGACAACUUCACUGUCAACACUGCCGCGCCGAUAAUGCUCACCAAAUCUCUGUUGCCGUUGUUGAAAGCGGCGGCGGCGAAGAGUCCUUCCUCUCCUUUGGGUGCGAACCGAGCUGUCGUCGUCAACAUGAGCUCCAUUCUUGGCUCGAUAGAACUGAACAAGAAGGAGGGAGGCUUUUACCCUUACAGGGCGAGCAAGGCCGCCAUUAAUGCUGCUACCAAGUCAAUGAGCAUCGAUUUGAAGUCUGAGGGAAUCAUGACCAUCUGCAUGCACCCUGGCUGGGUGCAAACGGACAUGGGAGGAAAGCAGGCUCCUCUCAAGCCUGACAAAAGCAUCAAGGGCAUGCUGGAUGUGUUUUCCAACUUGAAACCUGAGCACAAUGGACUUUUCCUUCAGUACGAUGGUGCGGUCCUGCCGUGGUGAGCGAUUUUCGUGAUUCAUUUCUGUUAGUUUUGUUGAAAUAAAAAUAGGAUUCAA